UAGAAGCUGGGUAGGCAGGGGUAAUGACAGCUGCAAUCAAACAGACAAAAAGGAGCACGCACGCACAACGUCGACUUUUGGACGGUAGACAUUUUUUUCUGUUUCACGUAAGGAGAAAUGUGAGCUAGGUCAAUUCGACACAAAUAUGACAUUUCAUAUCCGUGGGGAAUUGAGCCAUUUGAGCUGCACGGGGCGGGGUAAUGUCUAAGUUCCGGUAGAGCGAGAGAAAGCGAGCACAGCCAAAUGGGUACCAGACGGAAUUUACCGGGCGCGGCUGCCGACGUACUGAUUGUAUUCCCGGACUGGAUAAGUUUUUUCGGGGUACGGUGAACGAAAGACGGCUCUAGACGGACCAGGGACACGGCAGACAGGGGACGCGUUGUGUAGCGCCCCUCUGCCCCCUGUCCGUCAAAACGAUGAGGACGCUAUUAGCAUUCUGUUGUCUCUUCUUCGUAACGGGGAGAGCGGACCAUACAACGGCAGACAGGUCCACGGCAAACAGCAACAUCGACGAGAACGUGACGGCCGACAGCAACAGAAGGUAUCUGAAUAUUGGAGAUGGGACAUCUCAAGAAUUCGAGUUCCCCGAGAAUACGAAAGGCGUGAUUGUUCUAUCAAGUAAGUACGGGAGUGCGGCGAGUAGGAAGGGCCGAGAAAGCUGGAAGCAAACAGUCCAAGUGCGCUCUUUGGACCCAGAUGUGCUUUCCAUUUUGAACGUUACUGAUAGCGGACACACGGGACCUGUGAGGAGUUACAUUAUCAGCAUUCGCUCAGGUCUAGCAGGCCGGGCUCCGCUGCUCAUCCAGCUAAUAGACCUGGACCAGAACUCAAAUCCUGUUCUCAUCGAAGAGCGGUCGGACUAUUCUAUCAGAGUGGCGCCUGGAGACGACGACCCCGCCACCCGGCUCAUACAGUCGGGUGGGUUGUCCCAUUUCUCAGAGAAUCCUGUGCUUUUCGCCCUGCUGCCGCUUAUAUUCAUCAACAAGUGUGCUUUUGGGUGCAAAGUGGAGGUUGAGGUGUUACGAGGCCUGCUGAAGAGGCCUGUGCCACUGCUGCUUGGUGUAGUGGGCCAAUUCUUGGUCAUGCCUCUCUAUGCGUACAGUUUGUCCAGGCUGGUGUCCCUGCCCAAGCCACUGGCCUUGGGUCUGGUCAUCACCUGCUCAGCUCCAGGCGGCGGUGGAGGCUACCUUUACAGCUUGCUGCUGGGCGGAGAUGUGACCCUCGCCAUUUCAAUGACGCUGGUGUCCACGGUGGUGGCAGCAGCAGCCAUGCCUCUGUCAUCAGCGCUGUACGGGCACCUGCUGGGUGUCCAUGCCGCCCUGCAUGUACCCUUCGUCAAGAUCCUGGGCACACUCCUGUUCAUUGCCAUCCCCAUCUCCCUGGGCAUGCUGGUGAAGCUGCGUCUGCCGGCCCUCACCCGCGUUCUGCUCACCCUCAUCCGGCCCUUCAGCUUCGUCCUCAUCGUGGGUGGCAUCUUCAUGGCCUACCAGAUGGGCGCCUCCAUCCUGGCGCACGUGCGGCCGCAGAUCGUGGCGGCGGGCGUGACGGUGCCACUCUUCGGCCUGGCACUCGGGCUGUGCAUGGCACGGGGCGCCGGGCUGCCGCUGGCUCAGAGGAAGACGGUGGGCAUCGAGGUGGGCGUGCAGAACAGCCUGCUGGCCCUGGCGGUCAUGCAGCUGUCCUUCCGCAGGGCCGAGGCCGAUUACGCCUCCCAGGCGCCCUUCAUCGUGGCCCUCAGCAGCACCUCGGAGAUGCUGCUCACUGUCCUGGCGCACAUGGCCUACCGGCGCCUCUGCUCAGCCCCUGCCAGCCUGGCCCAGACCGACGCCUGAUUGUAGCCACCCAAAACACUCUCGGCGUCCCUUGGACACACCCGGAGGAUUCUACCGGUCUGGAGAGCUGCCAUGGGAAACAUUCUACAACAGGUCUGAGCAAGAAAUGUACGUACAGUGAAGCCACACUGCUCACAGGGAACCGUACCUGUAAAUUGACUGUGAUCUCUUUUGUUUUUGUCUUGAAACCAAAGGCCUUUUUUUCCGACCCUGGCCCCUGUUUCGGUUAAAUUUUUUUCUUAUACUUUUCCUAUAAAAGUAAAAAUGAAAAAAUCAUGUAAAUAACACAGAGAGAGAUACUUAUGAAAAGAUUGAUAUUUUUCUAUGAGAUUUUUUGGUUUGGUUGUUUUUGUAAUUGAAAUGAUUGCCAUGUAUCAUGUUUACAAAUGGUCUGUGUUGUCGGAAUGAGACUGCGACUGUGUUUUCUUGAGGUGGAAAUUGUAAGCAGUGUAAGGUUCUAUAUGGUGUCAAAAAAGGUGUUCCUGCUGAUUGUUCCUCUGGAUUCAAAGGAGGGUAUCUGAGAAUCCAUGUACUUGAAUAAUGCAAAAGAGGAAGUAUAAAUAAAAGCAUUUUGCCAAAAGCACA